AAAUGGAAGGUUCAGUUUUAUUCGCGUCUUUGCCGCAACAAAAUUCAGCGGGGGGAAAAAACUCCCAUCCAGACAGGCACAAACCGACACCAAAAUCAGGAAAAAGAAGGGGCUUUCUUUAAUCUCUUCUUUCUUCCUUGCUUCCAUGGAUGCUGAUUUCUGGAGCUCUCGCAUCGCAGCCGCCAAACGCCAAUUGAAUUUGCAGAAUCACAAUCUCACAAACUACAAUAGCAUUACCCGCCACAGUUCUCAAUUGGAUCGGUUCAGUAUAGAUGAGGUGGAGGUUGAAGAAGAGGUCCGACCCGAUUUCCCAUGCCCGUAUUGCUACGAAGACUUUGAUAUCACCUCCCUCUGCUCCCAUCUGGAGGAUGACCAUUCCUGCGAAUCCAAAUCCACCGUUUGUACCAUAUGUUCUGUCAAAGUUUCGAGGGACAUGUUAAGUCAUAUCACACUGCAGCAUGGGCACUUGCUCAAGAUAUCCUUAAGAUGUGUUUACUUCGUACUUACUAUUUUCCCAUUUUCCGAACAAAUAUUUCUGAUCCCAUCUGCUUCUUGAUCUUAUUUAGAGCCCCUUUGGGUAAAUUUGCCUAAUAAUGAAAUAAAAUAUUCGAAAUAAAUUAGCGUUUGGUAAGAAUAAGCCAAAAAAAUGCUCAAGCAGCCAUUUAAUGUUUCUUUAACCAUAAGAUACUUGCAGCGAAGGCGGCGGUUACGUAAGGCGGCAGUUCCUAGCAGCCAGACAGCACUUUCUUUAUUAGGAAAGGAUAUUCGGGAAGCCCAUCUGCAGUUGCUUCUAGGAGGAGGAGGAAGCAGUGGGUAUCGGUCAGCCACUGCAACGACAUCAUCAUUAUCAUCAUCAUCUGCAGAUCCUUUCCUCUCAUCUCUUUCUCUCAACUUCUCCAUCUCUGAAGCUGAAGAAAUCUAUUCUGAAGACACUUGCAUGAAGAGCCAGGAGGUGGCUCGACACAUUUGGAAGUUAAGCUUUGAUCCAUCUCUAAGUUACGAAGAACGAGAAGAAAAGAUAAAGCAGGCCAACGGACGAGCUCGUUUUCUGCAGGAUUUGUUUGUGUCUGCUUUGUUAACUGAGUAAGUUCGAUUUAUUUAUUUGUUUUUUUUGUUGGGUUAUAUUUUGAUUUGGAGAAGGGAUGAACAGCAUAUGCCUCAUCAAAUUGUUUGUCAAAACAGUUAAUACUUCUUGUAACUUGUGUAACUGUAAAAGUCAAUGCUUUAUCUCUUUUUCAAUAGAUACAUUGUACCAUUUGAGCUAAAAAAACAUAUACCUUAAUGACUUAAUAAAGUGCUGAAUUAAUA